GGUUUGGCAUUAACACAGAUCUCCAAAACAUAAGUCAGCCUUCAUCCUGGAUUUACUCUAAUGUAACGUGAUUUACAGAUCUACAAAUCAUAUUAGACUAGAGAAUCCACAGCGACUGUGGGAAGUUUGUUGCCAGGUGUCUCUGCGCUACACGAAGCCGAACCGCGGACCGGGACCAGCAGCAGAACUCCGAACCGGCCAGACAGAAUAAGAUGAGCUUCUUAUUCGGGAAUCGUUCAUCUAAGACGUUUAAGCCAAAGAAGAAUAUUCCAGAAGGUUCUCAUCAGUAUGAGCUGCUCAAACACGCCGAAGCCACGCUGGGCAGUGGGAACCUGCGUAUGGCUGUCAUGCUUCCUGACGGAGAAGAUCUGAAUGAAUGGGUGGCCGUCAACAAUGGUUUUCUUUUUGCUCUCUAUGUGUUCAGUUGCUUUUCUCAUUUCCUUCUUAACAACUUUGACCCUUGACCUAUUGAUGACACCAAACCAGACCCAUCCUGUCUUUACCGAUCACCCAGUCUGUCCCGAGAGACUCUGUGUCCAUUGCAAAAUUACUAACACGCCUCCUCCAGAAUCCAGCAGGAUCCAAUAGUCUGAGACUACCAGUGAAAAUGCUGCUGUGUUGUGUUCUUUUGCAAUUUAUAAAAUUUGUCAAGAAAAAUGAGCAUUAUCAGCAUUGUGAUAAGUUUUAAAAAUGAAUAUGAUUUUCAUGAUGUCUUUGUGUCUUGUUUGUUUCUCUAAUGACAUCAGCACCGGAAUUGACUUGAACAAAACCUGAUGAUCAUGUGCUCCAGCAUGAUUUAUCAUGAGCAUGAGUGUUUCAUGGGAAGCAAGAACAUCUGGCUGCCUGUACCAAUUCUA